AGCUGAGUUUGAUGGAGGCAGUCGUGUUCUCUGUGCUGACCGGACCUGAAAGCUGAUCUCCAGAAGCUGCCUUAGGCAAAGGCUGGGCAUGUAACUGGAUAUCACCCUGAUGUCAAGGAGGACUAUGAGUGGCCGAGCCAGAUCAAGAUCCAAACCCAAACACAAAGAAGAUGACCCAGGGUCUACUCAGCGUGUGGGUACACAGAAACCCAGGGAUGAGAAACCAAAACAAAAGGAGGCACCACCUGAGAGCCAGGAUAUGAAACCUGAACCUGGGAAGGAAGUGGAAGCACCACCUGCAGCUCAAGGACCAGACCUGAAAGCUGAUCUCCAGAAGCUGCCUCAGGCAGAGGCUGGGCAUGUAACUGGAUAUCACCCUGAUGUCAAGGGGAGAAAUCUGCCAUUUUUAGAGCCCAUUAAAAUGCCAAGAGCAGGUGAAGGACAGCCCCAGAUUUAAACAAGGACAAGCUGGAACAUGCAAACUACUCUUAUGUGGGGUACUUCACUGUUG